AUUAAUUUUGCUUCGGAGUUAUUUAAAUAAAUAUUUCUGGAAUAUUUUGAUCCAUCGACUUAGAAAAUUUUCAAGUGUGGGCGCGUCAAUCGCGUCAAUCAACCAACGUCAACAAUUUUUAUUUACUAGGACGUAUUUUUUUACCUAUAUUCUUCGGUCACUAAUUUUUAAUCCUUCUCUAACCCGGAAAAAGAUCCUCAAUAUUUCAUUUUAUUGAUUGACUCAUCAUUCCAUCUCUAAUCAAUCAAGAAGAUGUUUAAGAAGAAGCUCACCCCAAUUGAUCAUGUCAAACAUUUGAAAGAUAAUUUAGUUUCAAUGUCGAAACUAGAGCCUUCCAAUGAUAAGAAGUUCCAAAAGUUAAAUGAUGAAAUAAGCCAGAACUUGCUGUCAAUCAAAACAUUCUUGUAUGGCUCAACUGAUCAGGAGCCCCAGGCAGACAUCAUUCCCCAGGUGGCCCAAGAAAUCUACCAAGUCAAUUUGCUGAUCAUUCUAAUUGAGAAUCUUCACAAGCUGGAAUUCGAGGCCAGAAAGGAUGUCGCUCAGAUUUUGUCAAAUUUGCUGAAACGCAAAAUUGGCACCAGAUCGCCGACCAUCACGUACAUUCAGGAGCAUCAAAACAUCUUGAAUAUGCUAAUGAAUGGGUAUGAGAACCCAGAGAUAGCACUGAACACAGGCCAGAUGUUGAGAGAUUGCAUUAGGUAUGAGGAACUUGCAAAAAUCGUCCUCAACUUCUCGGCUUUCUAUAAAUUGUUCGACUACGUCGAAAUGUCUGCAUUCGAUAUUGCCUCCGAUGUCUUUGCUACAUUCAAGGACCUGUUGACGAAGCACAAAAUCCUGGCGGCGGACUUCCUCGACGCCCACUACAAGGAGUUUUUCAGGCACUACGACCGACUGCUCAACUCGGAAAACUACGUCACCAGGAGGCAGGCUCUUAAGCUGUUGGGUGAGUUGUUAUUGGAUAGGCACAACUUCACCAUCAUGACCUUGUACAUCAGCAAUCCAGAUAACCUCAAACUCAUGAUGAACAUGCUGAAGCAGAAGAGUAGAAAUAUACAGUUUGAAGCUUUCCACGUUUUCAAGGUUUUUGUGGCCAACCCGAACAAACCGCGCCCAAUUCAAGAGAUACUCUAUCGCAACCGCGAGAAACUCAUCGAUUUCUUGACCAACUUCCACAACGACCGCACGGACGACGACCAGUUCAACGAAGAGAAGGCCUACCUGAUUAAACAGGUCAAGGACAUGAAGGAGCUUGACCCGGCCUAAUUAGUUUUAAUUGGUGACCUCAAUAUGACAUUAUUAUUGUUAUUUUUAUUAUUAUUAUUUACCUCUGGUGUUCUGAUAAAUUGAAAAAUAAUUUUUACUGGUGUUAUUAUUAUUGAUGUUAUUCUUUUCAUGGUUCUUAUUAUUUAUAUUAUUCGUUUUAUUAUUAUUAUUAUUAUGGUUAUUAUUUGAAAGUUGUCUUCUGUGUUGUGUGUGAAUUUAUUUUCAGAAAUUAUUAAGAAAUAAAAUAUGACCACCAACAUUCGAUUAUAGUUGAAUAAGUAUAUAAAUCAAUAGAA